AUGGCCUUCGCCAAUUUCCGCCGCAUCCUGCGGCUUUCCACCUUCGAGAAGAGAAAAUCCCGGGAAUACGAGCACGUCCGCAGGGACCUCGAUCCCAACGAGGUGUGGGAGAUCCUGGGCGAGCUGGGAGACGGCGCCUUCGGGAAGGUCUACAAGGUGAGCGGGGUCCCUUGCCCCCCCAAAAGGACCGGCAGCACCAGAGAGGAUGCCCCGAGGGCACCGGGGACAGUGGCAGGGUUAUUUCCAUCGGGAAAACCUGGCAAAGCCCAAUCCGGGGCUGUUGCAGAGCUGCUCGUUUGGCUGCAGAUCCCUGAGGGGGGAAGGGCUCCCCCCGUUGUAGCAGCUCAACGGUAUGACCCCAACUCCACUGGCAAGAUCAAGAUGGUCUUUUAUGGUGAAAAACAAGUUCACAAGAAUAAAAAAUCUCUGGUUAGAUCUCUGCUCAUCCCGGAGGGUCCGGGAGCGGUGGCCUCAGCGGUCGGGGAGUGGCCGGAGCAAUCGUGGAGACCCCAGCUGGAGUCCCAUCAUGAUCCGUGUUUUGCCCCUGGGGGAGCAGUGGAUGCCAUCAUGCUGGAGUUGGACAGGGGGCUAACCGAGCCCCAGAUUCAGGUGGUCUGCCGUCAGAUGCUGGAGGCCCUUGGCUACCUGCACAGUAAGAAGAUCAUCCACCGGGACCUGAAAGCUGGCAAUGUGCUGCUGACCUCGGAUGGAGACGUUAAGCUUGCUGACUUUGGUGUAUCUGCCAAGAAUCUGAAAACCGCUACAGAAGCGAGACUUCCUUUAUAGGGACCCCCUUACUGGAUGGCUCCCGAGGUGGUGAUGUGCGAAACCAUGAAGGAAACCCCUUAUGACUACAAGGCUGAUAUCUGGUCCCUGGGCAUCACGCUGAUUGAGAUGGGCAGAUCGAGCCCCCCUCACCAUGAGCUGAACCCCAUGAGGGUGCUGCUGAAGAUCGCCAAGUCUGAGCCCCCCGGGACUCAGCUCUCCUUCCAAAUGGUAAGAGAAAUUUCCGGUCUGCGGAAGUUCCGAGACUUCCUGAAGGUGGCUUUGGAUAAGAACCCAGAGACACGGCCUACUGCCGCCCAACUCCUGGAGCACCCUUUCGUCAGUACAGUCUCCAGCAACAGGGCUGUGAGGGAGCUGGUGGCCGAGGCGAAGGCCGAAGUGAUGGAGGAAAUUGAAGACAACAGGGAAGAAGGAGAAGAUGACGACACGUCAGAAACGCCCCCUGGAACCCACAAACGGGACCCAUCUGAAGCGAGCCAGCUGAGUUUUGAAGAAGAGAAACCUACGGAGCCAGCGUGCCCACUACCAGCAAUGCCCGACAGGCCCCAGGAUGCCGCGGACAACCCCAAGGACAAGCUUUCAGAUGGAGGGGUCAGCAUCAGCAAGGCCAGGAAUGACAAUUCCCCCCAGUCCACAGGCAACUCGGCCUUGAGUGGGAUUCAGGACAUGCCAGAUGGGCCCAGACCCCAAGGGCUGGGAGAAAACAGUUCACCCCCAGCAUUGCUGGACCCUAAGGCUCAGUCGGCACAGGAGGGAAACAUCACCAAUCCCCCAGGCAAAAAUGGGGACCCAACCCCAAGCCAAGGCCCACAAAAAUCCCGCAGCCGGCCCCACAGCAGCCUGUUCGAAAGCCUAGUGGGGGAAAAAAUUCCCAAUGGCAGCCUGGAAUGUCCGUCUCAGUCUACUGUCAGCAAAUCCAAGAGGAACUCGGAUUCUGGGAGCCUGUCUAUCUCCGAGGGCUUGGACUACAGUGACUCCCUGUCAGCUGACUUGUCUCUGAAUCGGGAAACAGGCUCUCUGUCUCUGAAGGAUUCCAAGAUGCACAACAGAACCCUGAAGCGGACUCGGAAGUUUGUGGUGGACGGCGUGGAGGUGAGCAUCACCACCUCCAAGAUCAUCGGCGAUGAUGAGAAGAAAGACGAAGAGAUGAGAUUUCUCAGGCGGCAGGAGCUGCGGGAACUGCGGCUGCUUCAGAAGGAGGAGCAUCGGAACCAGAGCCAGCUGAGCACCAAGCAUGAGCUGCAGCUGGACCAGAUGCAGAGGCGUUUUGAGCAGGAAACCAGUGUUAAGAAGAAGUUCUACGACACCGAACUGGAGAACUUGGAGCGGCAGCAGAAGCAGCUGGUUGAGAAGAUGGAGCAGGACCAUGCUCUCUGCCGGCGGGAGGAGUCCAAGCGGAUUCGGGCAGAGCAGGAGAAGGAAUAUGUCCGGUUUCAGGAGCAACUCAAGCUGAAGAAGAAGGAGGUGAAAAGUGAGGUGGAGAAACUUCCACGCCAGCAGCGUAAAGAGAGUCUGAAGCAGAAGAUGGAGGAACAUUCCCAGAGGAAGCAGGCUCUGGACCGGGAGUUUUUAGCUAAACAGAAGGCAGAUCUGGAGUUGGCGAUGAAAACCAUCACGGCAGAAAACAGGCGGGAGAUCUGCGACAAGGAGCGGGAGUGUCUGAACAAGAAGCAGGAGCUCAUGAGAGACCGGGAAGCCUCUCUAUGGGAGCUGGAGGAACACCACCUUCAGGAGAAGCAUCAGCUUGUCAAACAGCAGCUCAAAGAUCAGUACUUCCUCCAGAGACACGAACUGCUCCGAAAGCACGAGAAAGAACAGGAGCAGAUGCAGCGCUACAACCAGCGCAUGGUGGAGAGCCUGAAAGUGCGACAGCAGCAGGAGAAGGCCCGCCUCCCAAAGAUCCAGAGGAGCGAGGGGAAGACCCGCAUGGCCAUGUACAAGAAGAGCCUCCACAUCAAUGCCAGCGGGAGUGCCUCAGAGCAACGGGAGAAGAUUAAACAGUUCUCUCAACAGGAGGAGAAGAGACAGAAGGCCGAACGGGUCCAGCAGCAGCAGAAACACGAGGCCCAGAUGAGGGACAUGCACGUCCAGUGUGAGAGCAACCUGAACGAACUUCAGCAGCUCCAGAAUGAAAAGUGCCACCUCUUAGUGGAACACGAGACCCAAAAGCUGAAGGCCCUGGAUGAAGGCCACAACCAGAACCUGAAGGACUGGCGAGACAAGCUGCGGCCGCGGAAGAAGGCCCUGGAGGACGACCUGAACCAGAAGAAGCGUGAGCAGGAGAUGUUCUUUAAAUUGAGUGAAGAGGCAGACGGCCAACCUCCCACCUCCCCCCACAAACCCACCAAGUUCUUGCCAUUUAGCUCAACAGAGGCUUCCUAGCCCCCCGCGGAGUGUUUGGGCCUCUCCGGUUCCCUGUGAAUGAAUAUCUCAGGACCUUUGGCUUCUCUGCUGCUUAACUGCGGAUUCCUUCUCCCCCAUCCUCCCCAAACCACCCCCACUCCAAUCCGGGGCUGAACCCCUCCCAACCCUCAAGCGAGGAUUUGCACUAUUAGAGUUGGGAUGAAUUGUUACUGUAGGGAGCCUUUACUCCAGCAUUAGCACCUUGCAAUGGCUUCACUCCAAGGUGUGAAGGAUAAUCAUCAAUGUGAGGGAUAAUCCACAGUCAGACAAUCUGUAGAGUGACUCGCACUAGUGACAUUCCCAAGCAAAUUGUGGACCUGAUGACCAGUAGUUUCAGACAGUCGAGGUUGGCCCAGGGGCACGAUAGAGAGAGGGCACCUCCUGGGUAUGCGGACGGGGGAAAGAUCCUCUGGUCCAGGAAUGGGACAGGGAUACCCAUAUGAGUUUGCUUUUCCUCCAACAUAGCCACGCUGCAGGGAAAUUGGAAAAAGCGGCAUUCUGGAAACGUGACAUUUUCUUCUCUCCCCGGAAAAACAAAGGCACCAGUUGUCUGUCCUCGGAGAUCCCGGAGCCAAGGGAAAGUGCUUGGGAGUCAUCCCCAUCGUGUCCUUAGCAUUCCCAUUUUUAAGCUGGAACUAACUCCCUAAGAGUGUGGUUAGGGAGUGGCUUGAAUGUGCCCACGGUAGGGGGACAGCUGGGGCCACAUGGAUUUAGGUCCCUGGGGGUCUGGGAGCUGUCACAGGGGCAAGUCUUGAAGGGAUUUGGAGGCUGUCAGACACGUGGGCUUGCC